AUGUUUUCAUCUAACUACAUGAAACAUGAACUAAGAUGGAAGAUUGAACAGUUUCGCGGACUUUACCAUCUACCACGGAUGCUUCGGUUAGAUGUCGAUUAUGAUAUUGUGUUCACUUGCUCGGCCGUUGGUGCGAUUAAUGAUUUGUGUCUCGAUGAACUGGAUACCAGAUACAAAUCCAGUUUACUCGCUGGAUAUCAAGAUGGUUCGAUUGUUUUAUUUGACGUGGACGCCGCAUCUGACAUAGACGGCCAGCAAAUCUACCAGCAGUUGGCUCGCGUCGAUAAAUGUCCUACUCUUCAACAUUCCACCAGGCGUUUUCGGAAUGAGCUCAGUCCUUUGGUGUGUAUUCAGUGGUAUCCAGUUGAUACUGGUGCAUUUUUCACCGCCUCUUUGGAUAAAACUGUCCGAGUAUGGGAUACAAACAGGCUCGAAUGUGUUGAUGUUGUUGAACUUCCAGCUAGUGUUUCGUGGAUUGAUUUGUCAAAGUGCGCCACCACCCACAACUUGGUAGCUGCUGCAUUGGGUUCCUCUGAAGACGGUCGUGCGGUGUUGAUUGACCCCAUUAUCGGAGCAACGGCACUCACUCUUAGCGGUGGGCAUUCUCCAUCUGGGUUGUCACAGGUCCUUUGGUCCAUUAGAUCACCGCAUGUGGUGGUCACAGGAGGUCACGAUGGUCGUGUACUUUUCUGGGAUAUACGGGUUACAUGUAAACCAGUGUGCUCUCUUGACAAGUACGGUGAUCCAUCUGGUUCAUCUUACUCUUCUGAGGCCACGGCACACACCGGAUCCGUUCUUUCGCUUUCUUUCGCGACCGAUGGCUUACAUCUAUUCUCCUGGGGUGGAGCGGGAGCCAGUGAGGACGCCUUGUGUUUACGAAUGUGGUCGUGCGGCCCGGAUGGUAUAUCAGACAGAGUAUUUGUGGACGAGACCCGACAACUGCGUUGGCCUCAAUUGAGACCCGUCAAUUUUGGUACGAUUUACAUGGACACGAUGCGCACGAGUGGUCAAAAUACUAGUAUGAGUCGAGUGAACAUAGAUCAAGGGCCAGUGCGGGCAUUUUCUUCAGAACCAAGGUCACGGACAACCGCUCCACCUCCGUCGCGGCCGAAGGAAACACCGGUUAGAAUGGCUGUUGCAUCAGGUGCAUCGGGGACAGCCUGGGGUGCUCAAGCCUCCAUAGUCUAUGCGCCAUGCCGCAGUCGAAUCUUCCUAGCCAUGGCGGAAAAGUAUCAUGCUUCAACUCGUUUAGUAAAUCGACACUACAACCGUGUACGCGCUUGUGUAUGGAAUGGGAAAAAGCAGGAACUGUAUACAUGUGGCAUGGAUGGAAACCUACUCGCUUGGCCAAUCCUGACAAAUCCCACGACAGACAUUGAUGAACCGACUGACCUAAGACGUCUAUCAACUACUUGCUGCGGAGUACCAAGUGCUCAUCGCCCGGAAAUUCGUAUACGGGCAACACUAACAGAAAUGCUAGAAAUGAUAAUGAUAGAACCUUUGACGUAUGUGCCAAAGCACAUCAGCGGCUACUCACCAACAGAUGUCUCUGUAAAUUGUUCACGUAUUUUGUCGGCAUUUGUUCCUGAAGAGAAGCGUAAUACCACGACCGGAGUGAUGCAAUGUCUGCCUCCACACGGAAAAUGUUAUAUGAUUGCUCGUUCCCCUAUGGUCCACAAAAGAGCUGUGGAAUACUGUGAGUCGAUCGGUGCAACUAUCGUCAAACCUGAGUCCGAUGAAGAAAGUGAAAUGCUUGCAGGUUUAGCGAAUGGUACAUUCCAUUUGCCUGCUACCAGAAUUAGUGAAAGUGAUUAUUACGAUUUCCCGGAGGAUAUGCCGGUAUAUGCAAAUUGGAUUUGUUUUCGUGAGCUCUAUCACGGACUAUGUCUUGCGGCGUCAACGAAGAAGGGUCUAUGGAGGCCGUUGGAUUGUCACAGCCCGGUGACCACAAUAUGUCAAUUCUGA